GUUACAGACUACACUGCUGCAGCUACUGUAAAGUUAACAGGAGGCUGGUGUCGGUUAGUUAUUCCGUACAUACAUAGUUCAUAACAAAUAAAUAUCAGGGUUGAAUACGGUUUAUUUGGCAGAAUUGUCCGUAGAGAGGAGUCGCAAGACUUUAACAAGUUUUUUCCUCCUCAUAUUUUGUCAAGUCACAUCCAUAAAGGGUCAGCAUGGCCCAGUGGAACCAGUUGCAGCAGUUGGAGACGCGCUACCUGGAGCAGCUGUACCAUCUGUACAGUGACAGCUUCCCUAUGGAGCUCCGCCAGUUUCUUGCUCCCUGGAUCGAGAGUCAGGACUGGGCGUAUGCAGCCAAUAAGGAGUCUCACGCCACGCUGGUGUUUCAUAACCUGCUGGGAGAGAUCGACCAGCAGUACAGCCGCUUCCUGCAGGAGAACAACGUUCUUUACCAGCACAACCUGAGGCGCAUCAAACAGCACCUGCAGAGCAAGUACCUGGAGAAGCCCAUGGAGAUCGCUCGCAUCGUCGCACGCUGUCUGUGGGAGGAGCAGAGACUGCUGCAGACUGCCACCACCGCUCAGCAAGAUGGCCAGGCCGCCCAGCACAGCGGGACAGUGGUGACGGAGAAACAGCAGCUCCUGGAGCACAGACUGCAGGACAUCAGGAAGAAAGUGCAGGAUAUGGAGCAAAAAAUGAAGAUGCUGGAGAACUUACAGGAUGAUUUUGAUUUCAACUACAAGACUCUGAAGAGUGCAGGAGAGCUGUCCCAGGACCUGAAUGGAAACAGCCAGGCUGCAGCCACCAGACAGAAGAUGGCCCAGCUGGAGCAGAUGCUGAGUGCGCUGGAUCAGCUCAGGAGGCAAAUUGUGACUGACAUGGCAGGGCUGCUGCAGGCCAUGGACUUUGUGCAGAAGAAUCUGACUGAUGAGGAGCUGGCCGAUUGGAAAAGGAGACAGCAGAUCGCCUGCAUCGGAGGUCCUCCAAACAUUUGCCUGGACCGGCUAGAGACAUGGAUCACAUCCUUGGCCGAGUCUCAACUACAGAUCAGACAGCAAAUAAAGAAACUGGAGGAGCUCCAGCAGAAAGUUUCAUAUAAAGGAGACCCCAUAGUUCAGCACCGCCCUGCCCUGGAGGAGAAGAUUGUAGACCUCUUUCGCAAUCUUAUGAAAAGUGCAUUUGUGGUCGAGAGACAGCCAUGUAUGCCAAUGCACCCUGACAGACCUCUGGUCAUAAAGACAGGAGUCCAGUUCACCAACAAAGUUCGGUUACUCGUGAAAUUCCCAGAAUUGAAUUACCAGCUGAAAAUCAAAGUUUGCAUCGACAAGGAAUCUGGAGAUGUUGCAGCCAUUCGAGGGUCACGAAAGUUCAACAUCCUGGGUACAAACACCAAGGUGAUGAACAUGGAGGAGUCCAACAAUGGCAGCCUGUCAGCUGAGUUCAAACACCUGACUCUGCGAGAACAGAGGUGUGGCAACGGUGGCCGGACCAACAGCGAUGCCUCUCUGAUCGUCACUGAGGAGCUUCAUCUCAUCACCUUUGAGACAGAAGUGUACCACCAGGGCCUUAAAAUCGACCUUGAGACACACUCCCUUCCUGUCGUCGUCAUUUCUAAUAUCUGCCAGAUGCCCAAUGCCUGGGCGUCCAUUCUGUGGUACAACAUGCUGACUAAUCAUCCCAAGAAUGUAAAUUUCUUCACGAAACCUCCUGUGGGUACAUGGGAUCAGGUGGCUGAAGUUCUGAGCUGGCAGUUUUCUUCCACAACCAAGAGAGGCCUGACUAUUGAGCAACUCACCACACUGGCUGAGAAACUGCUUGGUCCUUGUGUGAACUACUCCGGUUGCCAGAUCACUUGGGCCAAGUUUUGCAAAGAGAACAUGGCAGGAAAAGGGUUCUCAUUCUGGGUUUGGUUGGAUAACAUCAUUGACCUGGUGAAAAAGUACAUUCUGGCUCUGUGGAAUGAGGGGUAUAUCAUGGGCUUCAUCAGUAAGGAGAGGGAGAGAGCCAUCUUGAGCCCAAAGCCUCCUGGGACAUUUCUGCUGCGUUUCAGUGAGAGUAGUAAGGAGGGUGGCAUCACGUUCACCUGGGUGGAGAAAGACAUCAGUGGUAAGACACAGAUCCAGUCAGUGGAGCCGUACACUAAGCAGCAGCUGAACAGCAUGUCCUUCGCCGAAAUCAUCAUGGGCUACAAGAUCAUGGACGCCACAAACAUCCUGGUGUCUCCGCUCGUCUACCUUUUCCCCGACAUCCCAAAAGAGGAGGCCUUUGGGAAGUACUGCAGGCCAGAAGCCCAGCCUGAUGCAGACAUCCAGGAUUUAUCCGGAUGUGUCACUCAGCCGUACCUGAAGACCAAGUUCAUCUGCGUCACCCCGUGUCCUUCCAUCUUCAUGGACCUUCCGGACAGUGAACUGCUGGCUAACGGCUUCCCUGGGACGAACUCUGGUAACACAAGUGACCUGUUCCCCAUGUCUCCUCGCACUCUCGACUCUCUGAUGCAUAAUGAGGCAGAGGCCAAUCCUGGACCUCUCGAAUCCCUCACUCUGGACAUGGACAUGAACACAGAUGUGGCCUCGCCCAUGUGAGACGGGUUCGUGCAGAUCAGCCGAGCCGCGUUUAACCUUUCGCUUCUAGCUGUUUCUGCCAUAUAUAUUGAGAGAGAACGAGAGAGAGAGAGAGAGACACAUCCUUAGCACGUCCUCUUUACGUAUCGCUCUCAGAUAGGUGCUACUCUUUGCACUCUUAACUCUUUUCACUAGAUCUUGUACUCUUCGUGUGUUUCUCUGAACUCUCCUAACACUUGUAAACAUUUGCUACUUUGGAUUGGUGGGUUGUCGAAGUGAAUCCUUCUUAAUAAACCAUUUUGGAUGGAGUGGUUACCAUUCAGAAAGAAAGAAAGAGAAAAGGCUCAUGAAAGAGUCACAGCUUUGCACUGAUUGUAUGUGCCAUUUUGUUUGAUAUUGCAAAAGAAAUAAAACCUGUAAUGUGUUUUUUUUUUUUUUUUUUUUUGGAUCUUAACCUAUGGAUUCCCAUAUUAUAUAGUACUUAUUUUUAUGUACUCUUUUAGAAUUAUCUCAAAGUGUAUUAUGUUCAUGUCGGCUUUGUGUAACGGUUAUAUUUUCCCCCAUGUAAGCUAAUGCUGUAUAUGUGUCAUGGAAAAAGUGGCCCCUUGAGCUAAUUGUAUUAUAUUCUCUAUACGUUUCCCCUCCUGUUUGUCUGUUGUCCAUAGAUACUGUGUUCGUGUGUGUGUGUGUGAGAGAGAGAGAGAGAGACAGAUGGACACGGGUGCUAGCAGCAGCUCUGCUAUCAUUCACUGUCCAGCAUACAGUGGGUAAGAUCAGAACCCAGCCUUAAGUCUGAAUCAUUUAGAUCCUUGUUACUCAGGUUGUUACUCAGAAACCCAAAUUUAUUUGGUGAUCAGUAUUUACAGUAUAACAGUUACGUAUUUAACAGAAGCAUUUCGUCCCUCCAUAUGCACUUAUUUAACCAGCAGAUUGGGAGGCGGAAAGAUUCGAUUACACCAUUUCAGUAGCUGUUAAAUUAAUUCCUCUUUUUUUUUUUAUCUUGUUUUUUGCAUGAUGAAGAGUAAGUGUAAUUAUAUGACUUUAGCAUUUACACCAGUAAAGAAAUUAAGGAAGGGGAAAAAAAAAGCAGAAAGAUUAAUAUAAUAGAUUCCUGAUGUUAAAGAUGACCGUCCUGGCCUUACCCCCAGAGGCUGAUAUUCGCCACCUUUACGUUUUCAGUAAUUAUUUUCAGUCCACUUCUUAUUGCUGUCCUUAUUUGAAUAUGUCUCAAAGAUUCUAUACCAGUGUCUGAAUGAGGACUGUAUAAUCAUAUCUUUUAUUAUUCUUCGUAUCUCUAAUUUUGUUUUAAUUUAAAGAUGUCGGCCUUCUGCACUAAUUUUGUCGGACACUGCCCAGUGCAUUACCCUGAGCAUUUGUAGGUCCUGUGUUGUAAAUUUCCCUGCCUGUGAGCUCUCUGUACAGUGGCUGCAUAACUUUUAAUUAAAAAAAAAAAAAUCAACAA